AUGGUACGAAAGCUAAAGUUCCACGAGCAGAAGCUCCUAAAGAAAGUCGACUUUAUUUCAUGGAAGGUGGACAAUAAUCUCCAUGAAGUACGUAUUAUGAGAAAAUAUAGGAUACAAAAACGAGAAGACUAUACAAAGUACAACAAACUGAGCCGUCAUGUGAAACAACUAGCUGAAAAGAUCAAGCAUCUAGAUGUGAAAGAUCCAUUCAGGACAGAGUGUACAUCAAGGCUGAUAGAAAAGUUGUAUUGUAUGGGAUUAAUACCAACUAAACAAAGUCUAGCUUUAUGUGACAAAGUAUCAGCAUCAUCAUUUUGUAGAAGACGACUACCUGUUGUAAUGCUAAAACUCAGGAUGGCACAGUCAUUAAAAAUAGCUACAACAUUUAUUGAACAAGGACAUGUGAGAGUAGGACCUGAUGUUGUAACUGAUCCAGCAUUUCUCAUAACAAGAAACAUGGAAGAUUUUGUGACCUGGACAGACACAUCUAAGAUUAGAAGACAUCUACUGGAAUAUAAUGACGAGAGAGAUGAUUUUGAUUUGAUGUCUUAGAAGCAUAACAUACAUUACAUGAUAAUUGAAGUGGUUUUACAUCAACUGUAAUUUAUUUAACAAUUUUCAGAAUAAAACACAAUUCUUUGGAGAUGUA